GCCGCUCUGCUGGCAACGUCUAUUAGACACCACGGGAUGAUCUUGAGCGGGAUACGCGAGUGAAGGGGAAGCCCGUCCGUUCUUAUCUGCUGGGAUUUGCCGAUGCUUUAACUUCGUGUCGGGAUGGGGAAGGAGCAGGACCUGCUGGAGGCGGCGCGGACCGGGAAUGUGGCUCUGGUGGAGAAACUACUGAGCGGUAAAAAGGGAUUACUGGGCUCGAGCUCCGGGUCAAUUCCUCUCCCCGGUUUACUGAGCAUGUGGAGAGGGCCGAACGUGAACUGCGCCGACGGCUCAGGAUACACUCCACUGCACCACGCCGCUCUCAACGGACACAGAGAUGUGGUUCUAAAGCUGUUACAGUUCGAAGCUUCCACUAACAUGGCAGACACUAAGGGAUGUUUCCCUCUGCACCUGGCUGCCUGGAGGGGAGACGUGGAUAUUGUCCGGAUCCUCAUACACCACGGCCCGUCUCACUGCAGAGUCAAUGAGCAGAACCAUGAGAAGGAGACGGCACUGCACUGCGCGGCGCGGUACGGCCACUCGGACGUGGUGGGCGUGUUGCUGCAGGAGCUCAGCGACGCCGGCAUGAGGAACCGGCGCGGCGAGACGCCCCUGGACUUGGCGGCGCUCUACGGCCGCCUGCAGGUGGUGCGCAUGCUGCUGUCCGCCCGGCCAGGGUCGACGGGCACGGGCGCUCAGCCCCACACGCCGCUGCACCUGGCGGCUCGCAACGGACACCACGCCACCGUGCAAACGCUGCUGGACGCCGGCAUGGACGUCAACAGCCGGACAGAGAAGGGCAGUGCGCUCCAUGAGGCCUCUCUCUAUGGGAAGAUGGAUGUAGUUCGACUCCUGCUUAACUCAGGGAUCGAUGUCAACAUUAAAGACUGUCAAGGAAAAACGGCACUAGAGAUACUUAAAGAGCACCCAGCCCAGAAAUCACAACAAAUCACCGCUCUCAUACAAGAGUUCAUGAUGGCAGAGAGCGAGAGAAGCCGUGUCACAGAGGAGCCAGCUCGUCAGUGUCCUGUACCUGCACCUCGUAACUCUGUAUCCUCCCCUGCUGCCUCCCCUUCCCUCAGACACAAAAAUGACACGGUGACAGGGGAGCUGUCCAAGUUGCUGAGCGAGAUAAAGAUGUGCCGAGACAGGGACUACUCCUUUGAGGAGCUCUGUCAGACCAUCUCGUCGCACUCUCACUCCGUGGAGAGCUUCAGCAGUGGACGCCUGUCCGACGAGGAGCGGUGCGGCACGCUCGCCCGAACCGCCAAGCGGCCGUCACCCCCAUUACCCAUAGCAAUGGAGGAGGAGAAGGUGUGCGGUCCAUCAGGGCUGUGGGAGGCGCUCACACCCUGCAACGGCUGCAGAAACCUGGGCUUCACUCAGGACUCUAGGCACUGUGGGGGGAACGCCCAGUCUCCAUCACUGGAUGUCUUCUCACCACAAGACGAGGACAAUCCGUACGAGUUAGUGGCCACGGCUGUCACACGCAAGCCCUGCUCACUGGACAUCCAUCUUCUCAAUGCCUGCCAACGCAACGGCCACUCUCCGAAUGUGCCAGUCAGCGAUGCGGAGCAGCGUAACCAUGGUGAUGACUACACAGGUCUGACUCCAGACUGUUCUCCUCCUUCCCCUGAUACGGCGCUAAAGAACAUUGAGAGAGUCAUUCGCCCCCAGCCCAAGCAGCGCACGUCGCUCUCCUCAUCGCAGGAGGCGCAGCGGACCGCCCCCAACCACAGCGGCGAGCCAUCGGAGGUCAGCUCCUCGCUGGGCUACGCCAGCUUCAGCACCAGCCCGCCUGCCAGCCCACCCGCCAGCCCCCCGGUCAGCCCCGCCGACUGCUCGACCGGCUCGGCUGAGGACUACACCCUCAACAAUGAGGUGGUAGAGCAGAGGGACAAUGCUGUGUUGAGAGACCAGCGCAGGGACAGCCACAUCCCAGAGCAGUUUGCCGGCCUCCUCCACGGCUCGUCUCCGGCCUGCGAGUCCCCAGACAACCCCUACCAGCUGUACGGCAGGGUCCGUAACCUUCCCGCCCCCGAGCCCCCACAUCGGCACGGCAACCUGCUCCGUGCGCCCGACCCUGCUGGGCCCUUCCCCCGCACCGACGUGCCCGCCCCCAGGGAGGCCAAACCUCAGGUGGUCUACCGCACCGUCUUCCAUACCCGGGUCAACCAGAAUCGGACCGGCGCACCCGCCGGCCGGGGAGAGGGUGACCCCGCUGGCACGUGCGCGGGACCCAGAGAAGUGCGCGGAGGCGGAGUGGGCCCCUGCGCCCCGCCGCUCGCCGAGGAGAGAGCUUGCACCCUCGGCAGGAUGCGCUCGGCACCCCGUGUGGCCCAGGACCUACGUUUCUCCAGAAACUUCUCAAAGUCAGACUCGGACCUGGUGGCGGCAUCGCCCGGCGACGAGGAUCAGUGGAAUAUGCGAGGCCAGGGCAGCCCGGGCAGAGGAAGUCCCACCAGACUGGAGCGCACGCCCUCCUUCACGGCUGAGUGGGAGGAGAUUGAUAAGAUCAUGAGUUCCAUCGGCGCUGGAAUUGGGACGGAACUCGAAGACAACAAGGAGGUGCCUUCAGAGCGGCGCGUGAGCAUGGCGGGCUCCUUCGACAGUCACUUUGCGCGCAACAUGAUGUGGCAAUGUCAGCUCUCGCAACCGGACUGCCGCUGCUACCGCGUGGACGGCUACUCGCUGCUCAAACGCCUGCCUCUGCACCCCCUCAUAGGGCCGCGGUGUCCGGCGCAGUCCGUGGGCCAGUGGCUGGACAGCAUCGGCCUGGUGCAGUACGAGAACCAUCUGCUGGCCAACGGCUUCGACAAUGUGCAGUUCAUGGGCAGCAAUGUGGUGGAGGACCAGGACCUUCUGGAGAUUGGGAUCCUAAACUCCGCCCACAGACAGCGCCUCCUUCAGGCUAUACGCCUCCUUCCAAGGGUGCGACCCAUAGGCUACGACGGCAACAACCCCACGUCGGUGGCGGAAUGGCUGGAGUCCCUGGAGCUGGGAGACUACACCAAGUCUUUCCUCAUCAAUGGCUACACCUCCAUGGAGCUGGUGAAGAAGAUCUGGGAGAUCGAGCUCAUCAAUGUCCUUAAGAUCGGCUUGAUUGGGCACAGGAAAAGAAUUCUGGCGUCCCUCGGAGACCGGCUACACGAGGACCCACCCCAGAAGCCCCCGCGAGCUAUUUCUCUAAGGGAUCCCACUGGGAACCACACCCCCCCCCAGCUCUCUCCGUCCCUGAGCCAGGCACCCUACCCCAACGCCAGCUCCCUCGACGUCCAGCACCUCAUCAUGCAGGCCGACGCCAGGCGCAGACGCAACGACAGCUACUUCGAGGACGUCCCGCGCUCCAAGCUGGAGCGGCAGAUGGCCCAAGUCAGCAUGCAGGGGGAGUGGUGCGAGCCAAUCACACUGCGUCCCCCUAACGAGGCCACAUCGUCCACUCCCGUCCAGUACUGGCAGCACCACCCGGAGAAGCUCAUAUUUCAGUCAUGCGACUAUGAGGCCUAUUACCUGGGUUCCAUGUUGGUGAAGGAGCUGAGAGGCACGGAGUCCACCCAGGACGCCUGCGCCAAAAUGCGGAAGUCUACAGAACAAAUGAAGAAAGUCCCCACCAUCGUCCUGUCCGUCUCAUACAAGGGGGUCAAAUUCAUCGACGCCACAAACAAGAACAUCAUAGCUGAGCAUGAGAUUAGGAACAUCUCAUGUGCAGCGCAGGAUCCAGAGGACCUCUCUACGUUUGCCUACAUCACCAAAGACCUGAAGUCCAGCCACCAUUACUGCCAUGUGUUUACAGCCUUCGAUGUGAAUCUGGCCUAUGAGAUCAUCCUGACGCUGGGCCAGGCCUUCGAGGUGGCCUACCAGCUGGCACUGCAGGCCAGGAAGGGCGGCCACGGAUCCUCCACGCUGCCCGAGAGCUUCGACAGCAAGCCCUCCAAACCCAUCCCCAAACCUCGCUCCAACAUCCGCAAAUCUGUCAUGUCCCCCUCUAGCCGCUGGUCCCUGGGGCACAUACACACCCCGCGCCGGCCUCCUCUCCACCCUCCUACCUCCCGACUCCUCCUCCAUCCACACAAAGCUCAAUUUCAGAUGGAGCAGCCCUCGAUGGACCAGAAGGGCCACGGGAACGUCCCCUGGAUAGUGGAGCCGGGACAGGAGGCCAAGAGAGGAGUCAACACCAAGGCAGUGCCGGACGCCCAUGUCUAUUACUGUGGAAAUCAAAGAAUGUAGCCAGCCCCUAACACGGACCCUCUCACACACACAAUUGCAAAAAGGACUACAAAUAUGGAGCCUAAAAGUGUCACUGGACUACAAAACUUGGCAGAGCCUCUCGCAAAUGGACCUUUAAAUUAAACGCGGUGCACAAAGGACCACUGGCACGGAUCUUUGGCCGUUUGCGGCGGGAACGCACGCGCGAGCGCACCCGCUCCAGCGGACCAUGCGACGGCAGGGAUCUGUCCGGUUCGAACGUGCGCUUUUCUGCAUUGCGUGCCCUGUCACGAGGGCCGGUGGACUACGCUGUGCAAGGGAGACAGUUGGGGGAAAAAGGCAAGUUGCUAUGGAGAUAGGACAUACACCAUACACCAAGUUGCUAUGGAGAUAGGACAUACACCAUGGUGACUCUGACAGACUUCUAUUGUUUAAUUCAUUAGUCCAAAAUACUACGACAUGUGGAGACUGGGGUGAAAGUGGACUUCCUGGUUUGCCAUAUUGUCAUUUUUUCAGUUGUCCUCUUUGGUUUCCCUUCGUUUUGUUUAUGGUUGAUGAAACGUUAUGAAUAUUAUGCACAAUGUGAAUGGAUUUAUUGCACUGGACAACCAUGAAAUUUGACACGUCUCGUGCCAAAAUCACUACAGAUUUGUUGUUGACAUGACUGACAAUGCCAUGCAGAUUACUAUUCAUAUUGGCAAAACAUUUUACUGUUUAAUAGAAGUCUAUAUUGCCAUUAUUCUAAUUCUUAAUCAACUAUUAUUAUUAUUAUUAUUAUUAUUAUUAUUAUUAUUAUUAAUGUGCAAUUCUUGUCUAAUGUUGUCUUAAUGUUACAUUAUUUUUAUAUGAUAUGUCGGGCUUGAGAAUAAUAGCCAUCCUGAAAAAAAAGUAUAUUAUUAUUGUAGUAAAAGAGAGAAUGUGUGAAUGGCUCCACUCAACUUUGCUUUCAGGUGAAAAGGCCAUUGAUUCUCUUGGGGCUGAAACACAGAAACAGAUGUACUAUUUUAACUCAGUGUAACUGUAGAAAUUUUGCCACAGUUCUCUUGUAAAUAAAUAUUUUGUUGACUCAUUGUUCAUACAUGUAAUGUAGUUUAAGAUAAAAAAAAAAAAGAAGAAAACAAAUAGCAGGAAAAAAACCAGAUAUGACAUCGCACCGGUUAACAUGGUACCAAAUUCAAAAAUGUUACUGUUAAGAAAAAAAAAAA